AUGGCCACGGUGAUGAAGAAUGACGAAAGACCACGACGUAAUAAGACGGGAACGGGGGCGCAGCUGUCCCAGCCGGAAAAGGAUGCUGGAGAGCAGCCAGGCGACAAGCACACCGCUCAGCAGGAAGACAGCAUUGUGGGCCAUGAUGUCCAGUGGCAUGUCCUGGGCAGUAUCACUGGUGGAGAUGUCUGCUCGCAUACAUUUGUAGAUGGAAAGAAGCCUACGUCAAAUCAGGGCAACAUGAGUCAUGGCAAGUACCCCCAACCCCCACUCGAGGCUCUGUUCAGAGCAACAGCGAACGACGAUGGGCUAUGA